AUGUCUGCUUUUGUCAACGCUGUUGCUGUGGGGAUUGACAACGUUUUGGAUUCGAAGAGGCCCGUCGAUACGGAUGGCGCUCGACCACGCACCCAGGUCGUGCAAAAAACCGUAAGCAAGGUGAACGGUUUGAUCGCUAGCCCACCGCUCAAACCAAGUGAUUUGCCCGCUCUGGUUGACGCUUUGCGGCAUUCGGAUAGCCUCGAUGACAGGCAGUUAUUGCUGGAGAGGAUUCUUACUGCGAUGUCCCGACUUCAGAAGUUUGACAUAUCAAAGACUAUGCAAAACAAAGUCAUCAAGCUUCUGUACGACGACCUCCCACAUCCGCCGAGUGGGUAUAUCGCGGAGUUUCGCCCACAGGUUCAGUCAAAUGUCAGCCUUCCACGUCAAGGAUACGUGAAAUACGCGUAUAGGGCGGCAGACGCCUCGAACUACAACCCGCUUCAACCUGGGAUCGGAAAGGCCGGUAGUCCUUAUGCUCGGUCUGUUCCAUCGACGAAGGCGGCUCCUCGCUCCGCACUCCCUGACGCUGGGCUUGUCUUUGACACCCUCCUCAAACGUGACAAAUUCGUUGAACACCCGGGAGGCAUCUCGGCGAUGUUCUUUGCGUUUGCUGAUUUGGUCAUCCAUUCGAUCUUCAACACGAACCAUACAGACUGGACGGUGAAUGAUGCCAGCAGUUAUUUGGAUCUGAGCGUGCUGUAUGGCAGCAAUGACCGUCAAGUCCAGUCGGUGAGGAGAAAUGAUGGGUCCGGAAAGCUGUUGGAUGAUGUCUUUGCGGAUGGGAGGUUGUUGUUGAUGCCUCCUGCAUCAUGCGCGUUGCUAAUUUUGUUGAACCGGAAUCAUAACUUCAUUGCUCAGAAGAUUUUGGAUAUCAAUGAGAAUGGCAAUUUGAUGAAGCCAUAUCCGGAAGAUGCGGCUCCCAAGCAGGCUCAGGACGAGGAGAUCUUCCAACGCGCGAGAAUGGUUAACUGUGGAUUCUUCAUGCAGAUUAUUCUUGGGGACUAUGUUGGCGCUAUUCUUGGAUUGGUCCGUGAUGGAAGUGACUGGAGGCUAGAUCCCCUCAUGCCUAUACGUGAUUCUGAUCACCAACUCGUGCCUACGGGGCAGGGAAACGUCGUUUCAGUUGAAUUCAAUCUGCUGUAUCGAUGGCAUGCCACUCUCUCACAGCCUGAUACCACAUACACCACCAAUACCUUCAAUAAACUCUUCGACGGCGCUGAUCCCAAAGAUAUCACGGUCCAGACAUUCAAGCAAGCCGCUCACAAGUACCUGAUACCCCCUGCGAACGUGCAGGAGUGGACAUUUGGGGGCUUGAAGCGAGGGAAGGACAAUAGGUUUGAGGAUGCCGAUCUCGCGAAUGUGUUGCAUAAUGCGACGGAGGCACGCGCUGGUGCUUUCAAAGCCAGGGGUAUCCCGGAGGCACUGAGGAUUAUUGAGGUUAUGGGCAUCGAGCAGUCCAGGAGCUGGGGAACUUGUUCGCUGAAUGAGUUCAGGAAAUUCCUAGGACUCAAACCGUAUUCGACGUUUGAAGAAUGGAACCCAGAUCCUGAAAUUCAUCGAGCGGCGGCAUCGCUCUACCGAGACAUUGACAAUCUUGAACUUCAUGUUGGUCUUCAAGCUGAAGAGACCAAGUUACCCGGUGAAGGUGCUGGAUUGUGCCCUGGAUACACCAUCUCGAGGGCUAUCCUUGCGGAUGCCGUGUCUUUGACAAGAGGGGACAGGUUCAUGACCGUUGACUUCACUCCUUUCAACCUCACAUCCUGGGGAUACCAAGACUGCCAAUACGACCAUGAAGAUGGAUCAUACGGAGGCCUUCUCACCAAACUCCUCUUCAGGACCUUGCCCGACUAUUACCCCAGAGGUUCAGCUUAUGCCCAUUUCCCAUUCUUGGUCCCGAGCUUCAUGAAGGAGAAUUUGGAAAAAACCAAUCCAACUCUCGCUCCGAAGUACAAUUGGACUCGUCCUCGUGCACCAGCUCCUCUUUUGGUUAUCGAUACUUUUGAUGGUGUCAAGCAGGUUCUGGAGGACAGUGGAUCGUUUAUGGCCGCAUAUGACAGUCGCCUCUUCAAGGUUGCUGAACCCCUUCUGGCACCCAAUCUGGCCCCGAAGCACACCCUCGAGGAAGAGGAAAAGGCUCAAAUUGCUCUCGAUGCGGCUAAAAAGACUUUCGAUGCUGGUGUCUUAACCGUGUCGCGUAACGUAUUCAGCAAACCGGAUCCAAACUUCGCUGAAUAUUUCGCUUCGCACACAAGCGCCCUGAUUCACGAGAAAUUUUGGUCCAAUGGGCGUUCUACCGCUUAUGUUGACAUUGUCAGAGAUGUCAUCAACCUCCUUCCUGUUCAUUGGAUUUGUGAAGAAAUCGCCGGGCUACCUUUAAAGUCAGGAUUAAACCCGCGUGGUAUUUGGUACGAACAGGAAACGUGCGAGAGGUUUGAACACAUUGCUCGAUAUGUAUACUUCAACUUUGAUCCUGUCAAUGACUGGAAGCUCCGAGAAGAGUCUCAGAAAGACUUCCAAAGGAUUGUCGCCGUUGUCGAAGCCCACGUCGAUCGGAUGCAUUAUCUGGUCUCGUUGAAAGACGAAGAAAACUCUUUUGGGAUUAAAAACUACAAGUCUCACGUUUUCCUUAGGAAACUGAAGGAUUCUGUAUCACCCAAGACCCUCCCUCGAGAGCUCGCUACCCAGAUUGUUGGGGGUAUUGUUCCUUCCGCCUCGAUAUACUCCCAGACCGUUGCCCAAGUCGUCGACUUUUACCUUGAGGAUAGUCAAAAGGACGCACGCGAGGAAAUUGUUAGGCUUAUGGACUCGUCCGAGGAAGGUGCUCAAGAUAAAGUGAUGCAAUAUAUCUUCGAUGCGUUACGCGCUAGACCCCCUGUCGCGGGCGCUUAUAGAACCGUCACCAAGGAUACUACUAUUGGACCCAUUGAUCUAAAAGCCGGAGAUCACGUAUUUGCAAGCAUUAUGUCUGCAGAGCGUAAUGUGUCCGCUGCUCCCUCUGAUAGUUCAAUGCACAACGGUUCAAGCUCUAAUUUCCAAUACGAUAUUUUGUCCUUUGGCGUCAAUGGAUUCAUGACCCCAGAGUUCUUCAAAGCGACCGCUCCCCAUGUGCUUAGCUCUAUCUUCAGGCUUCAGGGUCUCCAGAGGGGUCCAGGGCAGUCAGGCUCAUUCGUCAGAUAUGUUGAGGAAUGGCAUGACACGCAGAAAACGGAGUAUAUAUCGCAGCUAGGGACUGUUACCCCCUUCCCAGACUCUUUGGUUGUCCAGUUCACAAGAUGA